CCACCACCCACCCACCCACAAUGGCGAACCUCAUCCUCCCUUCAUGGGCCAAUGCCUCCCAGAUCCCCCCCGCAUUCGAGUUCUAUGACAGCCGCUUCCUGAACAUCACCGGCCCGGCCCCCAAGCUCGAGGUCCUUCUCGAGAACGAGGACUUCGCUUUCGCCCACGAAGCCAGCGUCUUCAUCCCCUCCACCAACGAACUCUUCGUGACCAGCAACAUCCUCACCGACCCCGUCACAAACCAAUCCACCGUCAAGAUCUCCAGAGUCAACACCACCGCCAACCCCGUCACAUCCGAGGUCAUCAACAGCACCAUCCCCCUCGCCAACGGCGGCGUGAACCACGGCAGCGGCAUCCUCUUCUGCGGCCAGGGAACGCUCAACCAAACCGGUGGCCUCUUCCAAAUGUCCAUCGACCCUCCCUAUGCAUCCGAGAACCUGGUCGCGAACAACUUCUACGGUCGCGACUUCAACUCCCUCAACGAUGUGGUCGUCCACACCGACGGGUCCAUCUGGUUCACCGAUCCCAGUUACGGAUACUUGCAGGGCAUCCGACCGGAGCCGGAGCUGCCGAAUCAGGUCUAUCGCUUUGAUCCCGCGACGGGGAAUGUCCGCGUCGUGGCGGACGGGUUUAGUCGGCCUAAUGGUCUUGCGUUUACUGCCGAUGAGAAGACCAUUUAUAUUACCGACACGGGUCGCACCGUGGGCGAUGGUUCGACUGACCCGCUCAAGCCUGCCACUAUCUAUGCCUUCGACGUGACCGUCUCCAACGGCGAACCGUUCCUGACGAACCGUCGCGUCUUCGCCAUGGCGGACACCGGCAUUCCUGACGGCAUCAAAACCGACACGGAGGGCAAUGUGUAUGCUGGCUGUGGUGAUGGCGUUAACGUCUGGUCGUCGGGCGGUGUUCUCCUCGGUAAGAUCCUCAUCGAGGACGGCACGUCCAACUUCUCCUUCGGACGCAAUGGCCAGAUGUUCAUUAUGAACGAGAACAAGCUCUGGUCUGCUCAGCUUGGGCGCUGGGUGAGGGGAUCGCUUCUGAAGAUCUAAGGAAAUGGUGGUGAUACCGUCGGGUCUUGAUGUCAUUUUGCCUCAAUGUUUAUUUCUCGGAUUAUGGGCCCCCCUGAGUCUGGGGAUCAUGUUGGGCCAAGGUCCAAAUUAUGGCCAUAGCACCUGGGUGGCUAUAGCACUAGCGCCAGAUAAUGUGUGUAGGAUGUAUGAG